AUGGCUGUGAAAUUGAAAUGGCCUUGGUUAGGGAUCGCAAUCCCGACGUUCUUAAUAUCGUUUAUAGGUUAUGGGGCUCAUUACUUCAUUUUAUCAAAUUUUUUAUCAACAUUGAAACAAAUAGCAUUCGAAUCAUCUUUACUGAUGAUAUGGGUAUCCUACUAUUUGGCUAUCUACACGAAUCCAGGAAGGCCUUCGCCUACUUACCAGCCAAGCCCUAGUGUCUGGUCAAACUACUGUAAGAAGUGCCAAAACUAUAAGCCAGAACGUUCUCACCAUUGUAAAGCUUGUAAUCAAUGCGUUUUAAUGAUGGAUCAUCAUUGCCCGUGGACGAUGAAUUGUGUUGGCUUCAAAAAUUAUCCGCAUUUUCUAAGAUUCGUAUUUUGGGUCAUUACAACAACCGGUGUUUUGUUUUGGAUACAAGUUAAACGUGUAUGUUUUAUUUGGCAGCAAAGACACUUGCCUGGAUAUUUAUUCAAAAAGUCAGAACUACUAUUUUUAACCAUAUUAACUCCUAUGAAUUUCUUUGUUCUUUUUACGAUAACAAUUCUUUUCCUACGAUGUGUAUUCAAUCAAAUAAUAAAUGGAAGAUCUCAAAUUGAAUCCUGGGACAUGGAUAGGCUAGAAUCGCUAUUCGACUCUCAAAGAUUGAUUAAGAAAUUGAUCGAAAAUACUUGGAAGAUCCAUCCUGAGGCGAAAUCACCCCAACUUGAAAGAGAUGCUGAAAAUUUGCUGACGCAACAUAGGAUCCGUUUUGAGGAAGUUGUAAACUUCCCUUAUAAUAUUGAUUUGUUCACCAAUGCAAUAAUAUAUCUUGGUCCCCUCCAUCUAUGGCUAUGGCCAUUUGGUGCUCCUACAGGAGAUGGAAAUAGCUUUCCAAAGAAUGAUAUUUCCAAAUAUGAAGUUAACUCUUCAUUAGAAGAUAUUAUGCUCUCGCUUCCCUGGCCGCCAGAUGGCGGUAAAAUUAAAACUGUUUCUAAUYAUAGCAAUUUAGCAAUAGAGACGUUCAAUGAAGGUGGCGAGCAAGUGGUGAGAAGCAGAAUUGCCCAAAGUGGUAGAUCUGCUAUUCGUGAAAAGUGGUAUAACGAUUGGGGGGAAUCUUUAGACGACUUUGGAGUCGACGUUGAUAUGGAAUAG